AUGUCUGACGGUAAAGACGAGCUUGUGCAACGCGCCAAGUUGGCCGAACAAGCCGAACGCUACGAUGACAUGGCCCAAUCAAUGAAGAAGGUCACGGAACUUGGCUCUGAACUUUCCAAUGAGGAACGAAACCUCUUGUCCGUCGCCUACAAGAACGUGGUUGGAGCUCGCCGAUCCUCAUGGAGAGUGAUCUCGUCUAUCGAACAGAAGACCGAAGGAUCCGAGAAGAAGCAACAAAUGGCCAAGGAGUACCGCGAGAAGGUCGAGCGCGAACUUCGCGACAUUUGCCACGACGUUUUGGACUUGUUGGACAAGUUCCUCAUCCCCAAGGCCGGCAACCCUGAGAGCAAGGUGUUCUACCUGAAGAUGAAGGGUGACUACUACCGCUAUUUGGCCGAAGUUGCUACUGGUGACGACAGAAACGGUAAGUAUUUGAGUUUUAUUUGGUUUGUUGUGUAGGUAGUACUAACGUGAUGCGGAGCUAACGAAUUUGGACUUUUGUGAGCUGGCUGUGUAGUAUAUUAGGUAUUAUGAGUUGAAGAAGGUAGUGAGUGAGUUAAAAUUGAUAAAUGGUUAUCUUUUUUGAUUGAAAUUUGAGUUAUUUUUGGCAACUAAAAGAGCUUUAUUGAGUUAUAUUGUAGUAUAAGCAUGGUAUUAAGGCUUUAUAUAUUUUUUUACCUAAAUUUGUGGUUUUGAGUUGAAUUUUGUUGUGUUUAGCACCAUUAGCACUAGCUUGCACUAUAUUGACUAAAAUCCUUUUGUGUGACGUUUUGUUUGUUUUAGCCGUUGUCGAGAAAUCGCAGCACUCGUACCAGGAGGCAUUCGAUAUUGCCAAGGACAAGAUGCAACCAACUCAUCCAAUCCGCUUGGGCUUGGCCCUCAACUUCUCUGUGUUCUAUUAUGAGAUUUUGAAUGCACCUGACAAGGCGUGCCAGCUUGCCAAGCAGGUAAUUCGUUUGACUAAUCGUUUUUGGGGUUUCAGCCGCCGCCCAAACCGGUGAAUCCGAUUAUUCGGCCGCGCUCGAGAUGGCCAAGAAGCAGUUGCAGCCGACGGACCCGAUCAGGCUCGGGCUGGCGUUGAACUUUUCCGUAUUUUACUACGAGAUAGCUUCAUCGCCGGACCGGGCCUGCCAACUGGCCAAACAGGUGUGAACGGAGAGCUGUGGAUGGCUACGGGUUGAUUGGGUGGCUUCUGAUGAAGCUGCGGGCUGGGAUCAGGGUUUUAAGGGGUUGUAAAUUGGGCCAAGCAAAGAUUUUAGUUAUUUUUGAGUAAAUUUUGAGAUAUUUUCGAACUUUUUCUUUGAAAAUUUUAAACUUUUUGAAUAUAUUCUUUGCUUGGCUACAAUAUAUUAAGAUUAGGAAUGUUUUGAAAUGAUGUUUUUAUCGUUUUGAGUUUAAAAUUUUGAAAAAAUUUAUUUGUAAAGUCAAUUUUUUUUAGUUUUUCUUUGAAAAACAGGCCUAAAAUACGAUUUUUGUAAAUUUUAAAACGUUGUUUUGUUUAAAAUUUAAAAUUUUUAAAAACAACUUUAAUAUUUGUUAUUAAUUUGUUUGAUUUUCAGGCCUUCGAUGACGCCAUCGCCGAGCUGGACACCUUGAACGAGGACUCGUACAAGGACUCGACUUUGAUCAUGCAACUCCUGAGAGACAACCUGACCUUGUGGACGAGUGACACUGCCGCCGAAGAGCAAGAAGGUGGAAACGAGACGGGCGAGACCGGUGGCAACUAA